CCAAUUCCCUACUCGCCAUCGCCAUUGGCGGCCUCGAGCAACUCUUGUCAAACUUCUCCACCCCGCAUUGAAAACUCCCUAUCGCCUGUCGCCCGCUAGCUCUGCUUCAUCCCAUGUCGAGGCUUGCCCAUAGGCCUUCUCGCUCGGCGCAAAGUUUAUAAUCCCGGCGCGAGAUCGAGAUAGAGGGAGAGAGGGAGGGGUGCAUCGUGCAUGGUUUAAUUUGUGGCGCGACUGCGGGAGCGCGAGCGCGUUAAAUAUGGGCAUCCUGGAUCACUCGGAGGAGGAGGAGGAGGAGGAGGGGAGCCACUACGGCAGCGGAGGCAAGAGGUGUGGCGCGCGGCGGCAGAAGCCGAGGUCGAAGAGCCACCACCAGCUGCUGCUCAUGGACAGCGUCGGCGGCGGUAAGGCCGGCGCGGACGGGGAGUGCGCGUCGGAGGAGGAGGAGAUCGUGCCGCUGCCGGAUUACGAGCGGCUGUCCCAGUCCGCGCGCCUCCCGGACGACGACCCAGCCGGCGCCGAGGACCCGCCUCCUCCGUCCAAGCGGAGCGCGUCCCUGACGCCCCCGCCGCGGGAGCAGCAGCAGCAGAAGCCGGCGGCGUGGAGGCUGCUCCAGUACGUGCGGUCGAUGCACAGGUCUUCGGCAGGGGCCGUGGUCGCCGGCGGGUACUGCGGCGGCUCGUCGGACGGCGACUCCAAGAGCUCCGACGGCGAGAAGGAGGGGGGAGACGUCGGCGGCGACGGCCCUGAGGAGGGGAGGAAGGACAAGCAGCGGCAGCAGCAGAAGAAGAAGCGGUCGUCGUGGCUGCCGGACCCCGACCGCCGGUGGCCGGUGCAGGGGUUCUACUAGGGGUCUUCGCCGUGUGUCGUGGACUUGUCGUCGCGUUUAAUUCUCUUUGUUGAUCGUACUGUGUUUACGUGUACGUCGAAGCUGGUACCCAUGACGUGUCACCUACUCUGGGCCUUCGCCGAUCUUGUUCGGGUUUGUUUCCUUUCCCUUUCCUUGUGGUUUCGAUGUCGAUGACGAGGAGCAGGAAAAAGACUACUACGACCACUGGAGAAUUGGCUUUCCUUCUGAGUUGUGACACUUGUGUUUCGCAAUAAUAUUGCAGUAUGAGUGUGACUUAA